CGGUGAAGGAACAAUCUGGAAACUUCUUCAACAGAAACUUCUAGAAACUAGGAUAUUACAUCACGUCAUUAUCUGGAAAAACAAGACAAGAAUUUUACUCCUAUCUCUGUUUACAGUAAAUCAACACUUUUAGCUGACGGAGAUACAACUCCGCUGUCCAUUUUCGAAAAGGCCAUGCAUCCCCUGAAAAAGUACUUCACUGAAGGCCUAAUUCAGGUGGCCAUUUUCCUCAGCCUAGCAGGGAUGCGAACAGAUUGGGACCCUUACCUCUUCAAUCCUAAUGACAUCCACAGCCAUAACUCAGCUAUGACCAAGACCACGAACCUAGACGAAUACAGUCCCCACCUGAAGGAAAUGGGUGCGGAUGGUUCUGUCACAAUACCCAGGCUGUUGCGCUGGGUGCGUUCUCUGGAGCAACUGCACAUCCCACCAGCCCAGCUUGAAGCUUGGCAGGUCCACAGUAUGCCAGACAACAGCAGGAUGACAAUGUCAAGCUUAGCAGAAGCCCGUGAUGGCGGCGAUGAUCUUGAGGACUCUACAAGUCUGACCAUGAGGAUGGGAGGUAUUGAAGCAGGGAUGGAAGAGUCUGUGUACGGUGCAGUUUUGAAUGAAAGCCUUGGAACUGUGGCGUCACUCUUAAGAAGUAUGAACAGUGAAGACAUGAAUGAGGAUGAAGACCAGCUGUCCUUAUGGCAACAAGAACUUAACCAAAACGUCCAGCACAGGCAGAUAACUCAUGGAAAUAACCAGCACUUCAGUCCGUUUAAUGACAAUGAUGAGGAUGAUUUUAUGGUGGACAGCUGGCAGCAUGCAAACCCAUUUCGCAAUCAGAUAACCACCUUACAGAGGGAGGAUGCACAGUUCACAGGUCUUGAUGAAGAUAUUUCAAUGUCCACUGAGGCGUGUCUACAACUCUUGGAAUCUACCUUUCCCAUAGAUGAGCAAAAUAUGGCUGAUCCUGAUACAGCGCUAGCUGAGGAAAACCCACUUCAGUACCAUUCAUCUUUUCUGUCCUCCUUGUUGCCUCACCAGGAUUCCUCGCUGGACCUUGAACAGCAGUGGCAGGAUGUUUUGGACAUUGUGGGACCAGAGGACAUGAAUGUAGAUGAUCCAUUCGACUGGUCUCACCUCAACGUUGAAGGAAGAGCAAGUGAACCAGGAGCUUUGGAGAAUCCUGAUCUGCAAAAUAGCUUCAACCAAAUGACCUUUCCAAGAGCCCAACAACUCUCCUCAACAAGCAGUGCUCCAAUUGAAGACAAUGACCAUCAGAACCAGAACGCUGCAAAUCUGAAUUUUAAUGACUCUGAAAUCAUAGAUUUCCUUUUAUCUUCUGCACCCGACAGCUCUGUUUACAACCACCAAAGUUUAGCUGGUUCCUCUAUAGAGGAUCAAAGCCUGCCAAGCCUUUUCAACUCUCUUCUAGAGGAUGCCACACUUUAUGAGAACAAUGUGUUGGAUCUGGCACAGGAGGAAGGAAUCAACCAAUCACAGGAUUCUCCAAAAAAGGAACAGGACUCUACCGAUUCAGAUUCUGGGCUCUCUCUGGACUUAAGCACAAGUCCAGCAUCCCCAAGCGGAUCUGAAUUCUCAUGUUCCUCAUCAUCUUGUUCUUCUUCCUCGGCAUCAUCCACGUUUUCAGUUUCUGAUGAGGGUGCUGUAGGUUACACCAACAUCAAAGAGGAACCUUUUGAUGAAGAGUAUGAAGGGGCUGUUGGAGGGUAUAACCCAUAUCAGAACAAGAUGCUCUACACAGAUCUACUCCAGCCUGAACAGUUUCAGCAUUUACCCUGGCUGGAACACAUCGGUCAUGAUCACACCUACAAUCAGCCCCAAUUUACAAGCCAAAGAAAGCCUCUCAAACACCACCCAGAAGAGCCCAUGGAGGUUACCAUCAAGGACAGGCUGUUCACCCGGGAUGAGAAACGUGCCCGUGCCUUGAAGAUUCCAUUUUCCACUGACCGUAUAAUCAACUUGCCUGUCGAGGAGUUCAACGAGCUUCUUGCCAAGCACCGCCUAAGCGAGGCGCAACUUGCACUGAUCAGGGACAUCCGCCGCCGAGGCAAGAACAAAGUAGCUGCGCAAAACUGUAGACAGAAGAAGCAGGACAUCCUGCUCGACCUGGAGUGCAGCGUGGACGAUCUGCGGCGUCACCGCUCCAGGCUACUCAGGGAAAAAUCCGACAUCCUGCACUCGGUCAGAGAAAUGAAGGAGCGCAUUAAUGACCUCUAUCAGGAGGUGCUGAGUAGACGCAGGCAGGUCCAAGGGAUUCUCUGUUCAGAGGAUGAGUUUACCUUUCAACAGGGUAAUACCAUGCGAGAUUCAGAAUCCAGACAGAGGUCUGGCAAGAGGCGGAAAGACAAGAAGUGAGGAUGUGAUGGACAAUUAAUAUGCAGUUGAUGCCUGCAGGCCAGAUGUUGCAGUAUGUACGAGAGAUCAACAAAGUCUUUUGCAGCAAUUUGAGUGGUUGAAAUACACCUUCCUGCUAGGAUUGUGAGAGGAAAAUGUGGGUAGAAUGUGUGGUACACAUGCAGCUGUCCAAUUUACAGCUGUUAAGACGGCAAAAAUACAAGCAGUGAUCAAAAUGUUACCAUUUGAGUAGAAAAAGGAAUCAUUGUUAAUAUCACUGGCUAUAAACGAAGGACUCACUUUCUUAUCCGCUUUUCCAAUUAGGGUCCUGGGGGGGUGGCUGGUGGCUUUUGAAUGGGCGCAAGGCGCACAGUUACACCCUGGACGGACGCCAGUCCAUCGUAGGGCAGACACACUUACACGCACACAUACACACACCCAUUCACCUAUAGGGUAAUCCACUCACUCACUCACUUUCUUAACCGCUUAUCCAGUUAGGGUCGCGGGGGAUUGCUGGAGCUUAUCCCAGGUUUUCAAUGGGCGCAAGGCACACAGUAACACCCUAGAUGGGACACACACACACCUAUUCACCUAUAGGGCAAUUCAGUGUCUCCAAUUAACCUGACUGCAUGUUUUUGGACUGUGGGAGGAAACCUACGCAGGCACAGGGGGAACAUGCAAACUCCACACAGAAAGGACCCGGACCGCCCCGCCCCGCCUGGGGAUCGAACCCUAGGACUUUCUUGCUGUGAGGCGACAGCGCUACCCACCGUGCCGUAUAGGGCAAUUCAGUGUCUCCAGUUAACCUGACUGCAUGUUUUCGGACUGUGGGAGGAAACCGGAGCUCCCGGAGGAAACCCACACAGACACGGGGAGAACAUGCACACUCCGCCCCACCUGGGGAUCGAACCCGUGACCUUCAGAAACAGGUUCAUUGGGAAAACACAUAGAUAAAAGUACAAAAAGUAUUGACACCCACAUGUUCAUAACCAGUGAACUUCAGUAUCGGAAACAGUUUGCACACAUGCACUUUUAUAUGUAAAUUCACUAGGCAGGGGUUUAGAUGUCUGUCAGAGCUACGCAACUGAUGGUUAAGGGAAGGACCCAAAAGUGGCAGCAUGGCAGAGCCAACCUUUUAUUUAGUUCACACCCCUAAGGUCUCCAGUGGAGGCAAUACAGAACUCCAUUGCUUGGAGUUUACCUUCAUUAGGAAAAAGCCUAAAGCUCUUCUGUAUGACAUAAGGUAACAUGUAUCAGAGCGUUUAUUAAUGCUGUUUAUUGACUGAAUAAAAAUAUAGAAAUGAGGUAAAAUUCUGGUAAUAUUCUUAAUGAAUGAGAUUUUCCAAGUACAAAAGGUAUUGACGCCCACAUGUUCAUGAACCUUAGUGUCAGAAACAGUUUGCACACAUGCACUUUUAUAUGUAAAUUGACUAGGCAGGGGGUUUAGAUGCAUCUCUGAUUUGGCAGAUUUUUUAUUUAAAAGCUACCCCCAACUGAGCUCUGUGGCUGAUGGUUAAGGGAAGGACCCAAAAGUGGCAGCGUGACAGAGCCAACCUUUUAUUUAGUUCACAUUUUUAAGGUCUCCAGUGGGGGCAAUACAGAACACCACUGCUUGGAGUUGAACUACAUUAGAAAAAAAGCCUAAAACUCUUCUGUAUGACAUGAGGUAACAUUUAUCAAAUUUUCGAUUUGCACAUGCUAUUUAUUGACUGUAGUAUUUAUUGACUGUGUAACAACUGCAUCUACAGUUACAUUGGUGAUACCUAAUUAGCCCUCCUUCCCAUGUAAAACUGAUCCUAAGUAAACAAAUAAAAUAAACUGGUCCAUUACUGGUUAUGAUACAGUUGUCACUACAAUAGGAGCAUAUUUUUAACCAUGUUACUUGUUGAUCAUAUUACAAGAACCUGAAUUGUUCACAUUUUUAUAUUGAGUGUUUUAUUUAAUAUUAUGUAUUGUAUUAUUUUUGACAAGCUGGACUU